AUACGCCCACCGAAGAGAGGUGACAACUCCCGUAAGAUGGAGGUAAGUCGUGCCUCGCGUAGGCCCUAUCCUGUCGUAGGGGCUUGCAAGAGGGCCCCAAGCGAGUAUGAUGGGAAAGACGUCGUGGUACAAAAGAAAGUGGUAACAACGAACCAAGGGAGGGGGAAGGAUCUAGUGGUAGAGGAGGACAUUCAGGAGGAAUGGGAAGAAGAAGAGUCAGUGCCCCAACACCUUUCAAAGGCGCUGCGCAAGCAGCGCAAUCUUACACGGGGAGGGCAAGGCUCAGGAAAGGGUCAGACGCCCCAAGAAUUAGCAGUAGCCUCGCCGAGUGCGUCAGCUCCAUCAAGUAGCGUGGGACCCUCGCAAGCGGCGGUACCACCAUAUGGGCAGUGGCCAUGGCCUGUGUUUAACACCUUUGUGCCAUGGGAAGGUCCAGCUCCGUCUAGCCAGAUGGUACCAUACGCAGGGCCCCAAGCGAGUAUGCCGCCGCCGAGCUAUCCUGCAGCGCAGGCCCAGCCCAUGGCACCACCUCCAUCGCCCGCCCCAAGUUCACAAGGUAGCGUGGCAAGGGGAGGAAAUCAAGGUCAGAGCAACCAAGGGAAUGGAGGAAGCGGCGGCGGAAGAGAACGAGGCAGGAAUGGCGGUGGCCGAGGUGGAGAAUGGGACAGCCAAGGCUACGAAGGCCAAGAGAGUCAAGGGAAUCAGGGAGGUCAAGGAUAUGGAAGGCCUCGUUUUGACUGGACGACCGCUAUUUGCCAACAUUGUGAUAGGCAAGGUCAUACAAUAUGGUUCUGCAGUACAAGACGAGAAGAUGAAAAGGUUGGACUGAUUUAUUCCAAUAUGGACGGUGAUAUAUACGAUCAGUACGGAGAGUAUAUUGACCGAAAGGUUGCAGGCGGAGUAAGGGCGGAGGCUCAGAGAAGGAUAGUUGCACGACAAGCGCCACCAGCCACGUUCAUGUUGUGGCCAGAAAGGGAUGACCCACCAAUAAGGGUGGAAGAGGUGAAAAGUGAUGAAGAGGUGACUCAGAGGCUACAGACAGAAAGUAUAAAGGAAGAGCCUAUAGUUGUUGAGUCAGAUGGAGAGGGUGAGGAUGAGAAGGUGGAAUCGACGUCGAUCAUUCUGGGAAAGAUGGAGGAUUUGUGGGAGAAAAUGGGUCAAUAUCAGCGGAAGCUGGUAGGUAUAUGCGAAGAAGUGAGGGAAUGGAGGGUCAGCAUCCUCAAAGUCUUCCUCUACGAGUUCGAUCCAGUCAACCGCUUGGAUUGCGGCAUUCUGCAUGGGGCCAAUUGCAAGGCCGUAUUUUGUGGAACGGCGUCAAACGUGCUUAUCGAGAUUGGGAAGGUAAAGGCCAGAGCUUGCUUCUUCGUCAUGCCAGACGUGGAUUAUGCCAUCCUCCUAGGGAGGACAGAGACGUUGAUAUUCAACAAACACGACGGAACUCUGAUCCUGAUCCUGUGUGACCCGACAUGCGGGAACUAUGAGGUGAUUACUUCCCGGAACACAGACCCGCGAAGCAUAAGGAACCGGCUCAACCCUGGUUCAUUCACGAUCGAAGAGUCAGAGGAUGAGCGUCGGAGGCUUCGUGAAGAACUAGAAGAGGAGGCACAGGAGGAAUUGUUUUCCCUCAGUGUAUCUGAUGUGAACAAGGUCAUGGAUGUAGUGGCCACACACGAGAUGGCGGAUCCAGACGCCAUUCAGGCACUGAGGGAGCAUGUCCUGGAAUGUCCAGAGGCUGGGGAAGUAGAACUGGUCUAUCGGCUUUCGGGCGGAAGGAGGGACCCUGCAAUGAUGCAGGCGCAAGCGGGAUAUAAGCAGAAGACAAAGCUUGUGUUCAAGGUUUUUGAGAAAGAGGACCCAUGGGGCGGCAAAGAUGUCCAGUGGAUGAUGAAGUUGGCACUGGCAGGCACGCAUAGUCCGGUAGAGGAGGUGAGAAUGAUAGAAGAAGGGUCGGACCAAGUAGAGAAGCACGAGGAUUUGAUGGGGGGAAUGUACCUUCUCGUCAAUACUGUCCUGCAGGGGAAUUUCGAUCAAGCAGGCUCAUUGAAUCCGGUUGAGAAUGAAGAUAUUGGGGCAGAAAGUCAGGAUGACGAGUUUGAGGAAGGGGAGAUCAAAGAGGCAUUCCGUGCAAAGGAAUAUGAUGGGAUCUACCUGAAGUUGGGACUUCUCUUAUCGUGUGAGAUGCGGGAUAGGGAUGCUAGCGAAAUGGCUGAAAAGAUGAGGCAUCUCUACCUAGUGAGAGAUGGUCAUCUUUUUGUAAAGAGGCAAGUAGGGUGUUCCAGAAGGUUUGUAUGCGGAGGAACCGUUAGAUCGAUGUUAUAGCCGCUCUACAUGACGGCAUUGCACGAGGGCAUCGAGGAGUUGGUGCCACGUAUGCCAAAAUAAG